AUGAUGCCCAAGCGUCCCAACAACGACUAUCGCGAUCACCGCGGUUACUACCGCGAGGAUGAUGACCUCACUGUGACUGAGGGCGCCAUCCAGCGUGAGCACAAGGACUGGAGCACUUAUCGCAAGACCGAUCCCUUCCUUCUCAUCCUUCUUGCCGCGCUCAUCGCUACCUGCAUGGGUGGUGGUAUCGCUAUCGGCAUUUACUAUGCUACUCGUGGCUCUCCCAACUCUCAGGUCCCGACCUCUGACUCCCAUGUCGUUGUCCCUCGUUUCGCCGGCAUGAACUACAACGUCCACGGCUUCAACGGCACUCAGACCCACGGCAUCAACUCCACCCUCUCUGGCUUGGCUACCACUGGCACUCCCACUAUCUGCGAGGAUGAUGCCGAUGAGACCAUCACCGUUACCCAGUUCCUUGGAAACAACAAGACCGCCUCUGUUGACACUACCAUCACGACCCGCGUCCAGAUGACUCUCACCCAGACCCUUCACAAGUCUCCCAUGGGUACCACUGUCUCGUCUGCCAAGCCUGUCAACACCACUCUUCCCGGCUCUUCUGUUGUCACCCAGUCCAUUCCAGUUGUCACCGAGGUCCUCACCACCUCUGUCACUGAGACUGCGUACCACACGGCCACCGCCCACCAGAGCAAUGUCGCGUCCGAGUCCUCCGAGUCCCUCGAGUCCUCUGAGUCUACCAUCGCUUCCACGUCUUCUGUUGAAAACGGGCCUCCCAUCAUCGUGACUACCGGCGGCUGGCUCCCAACCGAGAGCUCUCACCCUGAGAUCACUUCGGUCUUCCUGACUAAGACCCUGACCCAGACGCGCAAGACUACAAUCCAUGGCGCUCCCUUGAUCUCUACCGGAGAGUUCUCUUCAACCACCACGGUCACUCCCACGACGGUCGUCAAGUCCACCAUCUACGUCACUGCAGGCCCCCUGAGCUCUACUACUCAGGCCCAGUGCUCCCACGAGGUUGAAGACCACACUGUCUACGUCACCGUCACCGAGACCUUCACUCCCGGCGCUGCCAGCUCUUCCUCGAGCGUUCAGUCCAAGACCUCCAAGGCCUCCUCCAAGAUGUCUUCUUCUUCGGUUUCCCCUUCCACGGCUACCGACACCGUCUUGGUCACCUACACCGUCACGAUUGACAGCCUGUACCCCCCUACCACGAGCCCCGUCCUGAGCAGCUCUACCUCUAGCGAGAAGACCUCCUCCACGCUCGUUCCCGCCUCCAAGUCGACCAUCAUCGUCACCCAGGUGGCUACCCAGACCGUCAUCGUCUCCAUUGGACACGGAACCACUGUCUCUUCCCAGCUUGGCCACGCCGGCACUCCAAUCUUUACCUCGCUUUCCUCUUCCGGAAGCGCCCAGGCCUCUACCGCCACGGACGUCGUCGUCUUGACCAACACGAUCACCUCCAACGUGUUCAAGACCAUCAGUGCCUCGUCUUCCUCGCACUCGGCCGAUGUCCAGACAGACACCCAGACCUCCAUCGUCACCGUCACUGCCUCCCCUUCCAGCGCCUCCCGCUCCAAGUCAUCUUCCCAGUCUACUGAGUACAUUCUCACCACGAUCUACCUUACUGAUCGCGCAACCGAGACUGUCACGACUGGAGGCAUGUCCACAGUGACCGUCCGCCCCGAGCAGUCUAGCGCCUCCUCCUCCUCGUUCUCUGGUCCAUCCAACUCCACCAGAACCGAGACAAAGGUCAUCACCGCUUCCGCGUCUAGAGUCGUCCGCACCUACACCACCACGGUCAGCGGCCAGGUCUUCACUUCCCUGAUUACCGUCUGGAAGAACGUCACCGCCACCGCCACCGCGACCCUCAGCGGCAGCGCCUCAUCUUCUCUUGCCUCUUCGUCCACCUCUCACUUGGGCAGCGGCAAGAACACGACCGUUACCGCGACCGCCACGUCCGUGGUCGAGGUGCCCGUCACGCUGAACACCACCAUCACCAUCACGGGAACUCCCAUGAUGCACCCCACCGCCCCAAGCACCUUGCCCCCCUCCGUCGACGGCACCGCCAUGAGUUCGUCUACCAGCCACGUCCCCACGACCUACCACUACCCCACGCUCUCCUCCGCGACUGUCACCGCGCAGCCCAAGAGCACGAGCACUGUGGUCGUCGUCUCUGGCGCCGCGGACAAGCAUGCCGAGGGCAUCAUGGGCGGCUGCAAGGGCUGCACCACCUGGCUUACCAUCUUCGUGCUGGGCCUGAUGGUUCUGGUUUAA